AUCAGACGAAACGAUGCCUGGAAAGCACAUCCUCGUCCCGCAAGGAAGGCAACUCUAAGCACUUAGGGCUCUGAAGCAUCUCCCCCCGAGCAGAAGUUAAUCGAUGAAAAAGUCACUCUCGGCCUUUUCCUCCAAUCGUCGUUCACCAUCGCGUGGUCACUCCUCCCCCUUCCUGCAGCCACACAGUAGAUGUGCUCGCGGAGCCACUAAGCCUUCUCCUCCCCUCGCGCGCUCUCUCUCUCAGGCGAGCUCGUGAAUGACGUCACACUCUUUCUAACGUCGGCAUAGAAAAAAGUGGGGUGGGGGGAGAGUCCACGUGACCUGCUCGCAGUUCGCCUGUAACGUGAAACGCGAAGGGGUUCGCGGUGUAGAAGCAGUGUCCCGGAGAGCGGAGGUAGUGUGUGUCUGUGUGAGUGUGUGCUCCCUGCGCCACAAGCGGAAGCCUUCGAUCUGUGUGGAUAGCUGUACUAUUUUCUUGCCCACGGGGAGACUUUACACUUUGUAUAACGGCAGUUUGGUGAGGAUGUACUAGCGCGGCCGAGUCUACACCUCGACAAACUGUUCCGCAGAUUCCUUUGGAUUAUGUUGUGAUUCACGAUGCUGAUACAGUGGAUUACCAGCAGGAGUGAGUAGACGAGGAGGUGGCAGAAUGCUCACCUAGGAUUACAGUGCAGAAAAUGGGCUGGAUUCUGUUUGUCUUUAUCACAUAUCAUCUUGCUUCUGUGGCUGUAUUGCAUUCCAGUGCCCUUGGUGCACCCAGUUCUGCAAACCGGAAAGAAGCUCCUUACUUCUACAAGGAACCUCUGAGCCAACUUCGAGCAGCUGAAGGUGGGCGCGUGAAGUUCAGGUGUAAGGUCAAAGGGGAACCCCGCCCCUUCUUGGUGUGGUAUAGAAACAACGAGCUCAUCACCCCCCACGCCGAUGAUAGAAUAAUCAUCACCAAGUAUGCCCUCUCCAUUGAUCCAGUUAACGUGAAUGACACUGGAAAGUACAGCUGCCUGGCAAAGAAUCAGUUUGGGGAGAAAUGGGCCAACUUCACUUUAAGUGUCGAAGCUGAUGUUCCCAAUCCAGAGCCCACUGCUGUGGAUAAUGGAAGAGAUUCAGAUGAAGAAGGCCCGCCACAGUGGUCCUAUCGUAUGACGGACAUCAAGUCCUUGACCCGCACGGUCAACUCUUUUGUGGACUUGAAAUGUCUGGCCAAGGGCUAUCCUACCCCAAACAUCACGUGGCUCAAAGAUGGCGGGCCAUUCCAUCAGAGCAAAAUGGGCAAUGUCAACAUGAAAGGCUGGAGGCUGACAAUAGGGGACCUGAUGCCGGAGGACGAAGGAAAGUACACCUGCGUCAUAACCAAUCAGUACGGCUCUAUCAACUGGACGUUUGUGGUGGAAAUCAUACAGCGCCUGACUCACAAGCCCAUCAUUGAAGGCCGAAAUCAAACUGUGGCCGUCGGUGACACGGCAGUUCUCACAUGCAAGAUAAUCCUCAGUGACUUUCAUCCUCACCUGCAAUGGGUCAAGCACUACCAGGUCAAUGGUUCCUACAAGUCGCCCAGUGGCGACCCCUACCUCAGAGUCAUACAGGAUGAUCAGAGUGCAACAGUCAAUAACAGCAACCCCGAGCAGCUGAUUUUGUCCAAUGUCUCGAUGGAGGACGCUGGCUGGUACACCUGCCUCGUGGCCAACGCUAUCGGCAUGGAGUACGGUAGCGCGUGGCUGACUGUGGUGAAGGACCGAGAGAUGCUGCUUCCUCGCACUGGGCUGUCUUCAGACAACGCUUCCCUGGGAAACGCCGGAGGCUUUAUAUAUGAGGACCCGCGUUUCAUUGGCGGCGUGGCAGCCAUCUUCAUCGUGGCCGUUGUCAUCUGCUUAGGGGUCGCCAUCUGCUGCUGGAAUCGUCAGCGUCGUCAGCGCAUGCUUCAGCCACAGAAGCCCCUAAAGCGAGUCAUCAUCAUGAAGCCGAAUGACCUGUAUUACCCCAAAAAGGACCCAGAUGCCAUACAGCCUUUGGUCGUCCCACAAGUGAGAAUCGACUAUAAACCGGGACGACAUCGCCUGUCUUCUGAGUUCACUGAUGUCUCCGAGUACGAUUUGCCUUUGGACACCAAGUGGGAGUUCCCCCGCGAAAGGUUGGUUCUGGGAGAUCGCUUAGGCGAAGGCGCGUUUGGUCUUGUAGUCAAGGGCGAAGCAUUUGGCAUCUUUAAGGACAAUAACUCUGUCACGGUCGCAGUCAAGAUGUUGAAGGAGGGUUCAACUGACCGUGAAAUGAUGGAUCUCAUUCGGGAAAUGGAGAUGAUGAAGUUGAUUGGCAAGCACAAAAACAUCAUCAACUUACUGGGCUGCUGUACUCAGAGAGGUCCUUUGUAUGUCGUCGUGGAGUUCGCGCCAAACGGGAACUUGCGAGACUACCUGAAGAGUCACCGGCCUCUGGGCUCCAGCUUCGCCUGUGUUUCGGAGUACGAGCGGCCGACCGUGGCAAUGGUCCCUAACAACUCGGGAUCGUCAAUCGCCGAGACCAAAGAGCAGAAGGCGCUGACGCCCAAGGACCUCAUCUCCUAUGCCUACCAGGUGGCCCGCGGCAUGGAGUAUCUGGCUUCCAGACAGUGCAUCCACCGAGACCUGGCGGCCAGGAACGUCUUGGUGGCGGAGGAAUACGUCCUCAAAAUCGCUGACUUCGGCCUCACGCGCAAUCUGCAGCAGUUCGACUACUACAAGAAGACGACAGAUGGUCGACUGCCGGUCAAAUGGAUGGCACCGGAAGCAUUAUUCGAUCGGAAGUACACUUCGAAAAGUGACGUGUGGUCGUACGGGGUGCUGCUGUGGGAGAUCUUCACGCUAGGUGGGAAUCCUUACCCGUCAGUACCCGUGGAAGAUCUGUUCAACCUUCUGCGCAACGGUCACCGAAUGAAGAAGCCACCCUACGCUACCCCUGAAAUGUAUGCUAUCAUGCACUCCUGUUGGCAGGAAGACCCCAACAACAGGCCGGAUUUUAACCGCCUGGUACAGGAGCUGGACAAGAUACUGACGUCUUCACUAAAGGACGAGGCCUAUCUCGACCUGGAGCCAAUGGAGGGACCCAUGAGCACCUCCGACUCCCAGUACUCCUCUAUGAGUCACGACAGCACCAGCAGUGGCGACAACUCGGCGAUCGUUUAGCUCGUCGACCGGAAAUCGUCUUGGACUGGGUCUAACCGCGCUCUUGUAAUAUCACAGCGUGAAGGACCAAACGCUGGACGGACGCACAAAGCACCACACACACAUACACACAAUGUUGCGUGAAUAGAAACAACUCGUAGUCUGGUGUGUGCACACGCACUAACACACAAGCCCUUAGCCAGCCUGCACACACAACACUCACUCGUAACCUUUUGGCCAUAUCGUGUGAAAAGAAGCUCAGACGUUUGCCAUGGUUGGGUGGUCAUGCCUUUGUGGUGCUCCCUUGGCGUCUUCAGACAAUCAGUCACCUGUAACGGUGACGGACCCAAGAGCUGGAAAUCGAAUGCGUGUUGUUGUUGCUGCCUCCGUGGCCUUUAACCUGAGACCUGUCUUCGCGAAGCGCAUUCUUCUCGCACCUCCCCUCGCCUAAGUCUCGCGCGAGUAGGAAUGUGAGAGGAGUUGAGGACAUCGGACGAAUUCUGGUAUGUCGUUUUUUCAUGCCCAGGAGGGACAAAAAGGAGCCCUUCCCGACUUAUUGAGUCGGGCUUUCACCACUGUAUGCUGGGACGACGCUUUUCGUGGAGAGGAGAAGGAGAGGAAAACAGUUUUCAUCAGCUGAAUGUUACUUUAAGCGCAAAGACUACAUAAUGCACUUGUGCACUUCCAGCUGCGUUAGUGUAGACAAGGCAGCAGCGAGGUGGUGAGACGGCCUGAAGACUUAACCCCGAAUAUCAGUAUUUCGUCCUGUCAGGGUUGUAUCCAACCACAUCUUUUUUUUCCCCAAGUCAGCUUAACUGACCAUUUGCAAAACAAAAUGUGACGCUUGCUUGCCCACCGAAUGUUCGAGCUGCGUUGUUGUGCUAUCUUGUUUUCGUGUCCAAAUUCUGUGGAAGCCCAGCUCUGUGUACCUGUAUUUGUCGGCGUAGAAAAACUUUGUUCUCGCCAGCCAGGCUUGACUGGGCUCGCUCCAUAGACUUGGUGUCAUAGUCGAGCGAGUAAAUUGCUGAGCGGUGGGAUAGUGAGACGAGUAGCCAUUGGCCAAUAGCUAUCACGUGUCUGUUGCAAGGGCUACUGAAGUCGCGAGCACUGUGGACACAGUUUAGUGUAUUUGCUUUUAACUGAUGUAUUUUUACUGGGGUUUUGUGUUUGUUUUGCUUAUAAUUCGGAAAUUUUUGGGGGUGGGAGGAGGUUUGCUAGGAUGCGAUGAAUGGGAUGAAUAGGAAAGGUUGAGUUUUGUUUUGUGUCUUUGCGUCAGAAACCGCCUACAGACGGCGACUUGUCGCCAGUCAAAGACAAAGCCAGGCCAGUUUCUCGUUUGUGUCGUUGACUUGGGACCUGCAUUAGGGCAUAUAGUGAGUACACGUGGACAAGUGUUUCGUCGUCGGUGCAGCGUACUGCGGUCGCCACACGGGAAUCUCCAGGAGCGCAUGCGCCCAGGUGCGAAGCGAGGACAGCCUGCAGGCGACCAGCGUACGGAAUCGCAGAAGCGUCACGUGACUAAGAAACCAGCAGAUUUCGGAAGUUGCCACCAGCACCAUUACUAAAAACUUUUUUUUCGAACAAGGGCAUCUGCUGUGUGGUUUGGGUAAAGCGGAAAGGACUGCUCAGAUGCCUAGAAAAAAAAAAAAAGGAAAUCCAAACCAUUUGCAAAAGCUCAGGAUAUUGUUUUUAACCUUUCAACUUUGUUACUGCCACAUUUGUACCCCUUCCCCACAACUUCAAAACACGUUGUGUGUGGGUUUACUGUUCGUAUUGCUGAAUUAUUCAAAAUUUUACAUGUGGAAAAACCAGUUUUUAUUCGAGUUUAAUGCAUUUAUCUCUUGCACACACUGAACAAAUUUAGACCUUAGAGAAAAGUGAAGUUAUCCUUUGAAAUGUACCACUUCAGCCACUUAAAUUACAGAUCUUGAAAUUGGGGCGCUGUGUUGAUAACUGCCGGUUUUAUUUGUGAAAAGCAUAUCAGAGGGAUAUAUAUUACUGUGUCAGUGCGUGCGUGGAAAUGCGUGAGUUAGCUUGCGAUCGAUGAGAAAUUACUGUAAACUUGUCAAAGGUGUGUUACCUGAAAACAGCCCCAAAUGAUGUUACAUAUUUUUAUCUGGCAAUAUGUUUAUCUCCGUGACUAGUAGUACCCCAACCCCCUUACAGCUGUUAAUUUUUUUUUUUUAAAGUAUAGCACAAAAGGUAUUUUACAUUGCGUCUGAAACCAGAAAACAAAAUGUCACUAAUGUCUACCUUGGCUUAGCAGAGACAGAGACGAAUGUUGUUAGGCUUUGUAGGAACGGCGAACAGCCGUUGACUUCUGACGAACGCAUAGCCAGAGUACGGUGGGCAGCUAAGACUACCCAGUAUUGCAGCUGUACCAGCCAGCAUGUAUGGUGUAUGCUGUUACUGUACAUAUUGUAUAUUAAUGGUCUGCUCAAGGAUAUUGUAUGCCCUCGUCAGCUCCAUAGCAACCAGCUCUUUAACUUAACGUGCGCUGUAGCUACAGCUCGCGAUGUCCAGAAGAGAAGUGCCAGUCGUGCCGCGGUGGACGCCGUGCACGUGCUGAUGUGACGUGACGUGGCGUUGGCGCGUGGUGUGUUGGCUCCAAGGGACCCGUGAGAUCGGUGCGUAGUUGGAGCUGUGUAAAUCCAAAGGCUUCCAGUUUUGUGCCAAGCUGUCCGUUCUUACCCUCCUAGCCUUCCUUUACAGGUAUUAAGACUUCUGGGUGGUUAUUAUUUUCCGCUGACAGUAUGCCUUUGUUUUACGUGUAAAGAAAAAAGUGCGGUAGGCCCAGUGUGCCUCGUUAUCUUUACUUCUCUCCAUUCAUUUGUCACCUGCUUAUGCGCAUAGUUUACCUUUACACAUCAGUCGGCACCCUCUAAACUGAGUACGAUGCCAUCAGACCCACAAACAGGCCAGUCUGCAGUUGUCUAGAAACUAGUAGUCUUAGCUACACAAACAACAAUUUGGGAGAGGUAGUUUGGUCAGAAGUUGUCCGGGUCAUUUUGACUUACCCUCGAGCCUUAUAAAAAAAAUAUCAGCUAGGCAUACAGAUUUUUAAUGCGGUCUAUAUCAAGAGCUGAAGCAGCAGACCGGAAAUAAAGCUGCCUCAAAAAAGCAGCCAUUACAAAAUAUUUUCUAAAAUGUGUUCACAAAUGUUUUACGAGAAAUUUGCAUUUUUUGUUGUUUUAACCCAGACAAGGCGUCAAACUUGUUGAAAGCGCGCGAGCGCUGAGAUGUGUUCAUUUGCGCCCUCUGGUUACUGCAUUUAUUGAAUGUUCGGUUAGCCGAGCGCGCAAUACCGGACUUGCUGCCCCAGCAGAAACUGUACUUUAUUUACACGUCUGCUUUGAGUUUAGUGAGUGGAAUCUCCCUUUUUUUAACAGAAAAAGAAAAUGCAUUUAUUGUUUUAUUCUUGAUAUUUUCUGCUCGAUCAGAAUGUUUUUUCCCACAUGGUUGAAGAGGAAUUGCGAAAUGAAUUAUUUGUUAGGCUACAAGCAAAAAUGGAUUCUGAACAAAGAACAAAAAUGUUUGAUAGCGCUUUGAUGAAUAAAAUUCGUUCUCUUCUUUUUUUUUUUUUUUUUUUUUUUUUGUCCUUCCUUUCUCAAUCUACGGAUUCAUCACCCAUAUACCGUUUUCACAAAAACCACAUCCCCUCGUUUUGCAGUCCCAAGGAAGAAAAACGGAACAUAAUCUUUAUUGGUGGUAAUUUAUUGUCUUUGUUGCCGAAGUGUUCAUUGACUAUAAUAUUUCUUAUUGCAUCGUGUAUCUUUUUAGCUGUAAAAUGAAUGCUUUCACUCGAGUGUUUUGAAACGUUUCUUCUAGAAGUCGUGCACCACGCAGGCUUGCUCUUGUUACCAAGCAGCCUUUUUUAGAGCACUGCCAAUAAUUCAGACCGAUCUCAGAAGACUGCCAAACCGGAAAUGUCGGUGAAUUGGAGAAAAAAAAAAAACCAAGUUAUGCCACGGAAGUCUCCGAACUUUAACAGAGCUUCGAGCAGUGCAACAGUCACCAACGAAAUCAGAGCUAGGGGCGGAAAGAAAUCAAAUAAAUUUUUAAAAAUUAUUAUUGCGCAUGAGAUGUCGGAAUACUUCCUCGUGCUUGCUUCUUGUUCCAGCGCGCAGUUGUCAGUUCUAGCCUGUAACCCUUGGUAAGGCAAACAUUUACCGAAAAGUAGGCGUGUCUUCAGAAGCUGCCUAAAUUGUGUUUGGUUUUUUUUUUUUUUGAAAGUUUGCCGGUAGGAGUCCUCCGCUCGCCCCCAGCAGUUGACAUGAUGACUAACCUAAGUAAGCGUUAAUACCCAAUUCUCGAUAAGUUUGCUAAGGAACCGACGAGACUAGAAGUCGAGAAAGCAGCUUCUGUUCCAUUUUUUAUUUUAACCCUAAAAUACCAUUGUUAAGUGUUUGGUCCACGUUGACUUAUUUGUACGUAGCAAGGCACAAACACAGAACAAAGUAUUGAUCACUUUAAUUGAAUGUUGAUUACUCAAAUUUUAUUUUUUUGUCCGCACCAUGGAUGCAUUUUAAACUAUUCGGGUGCUCCGCUAUGUUUUUCUAAGACAGAUUUGAUUACAUUUUGAUCGUUUUAUGUUUAUUUUUAACGCGCAAGUGGCAAAAGAACAAUGAUGUCUUGUUGUGAGCAAUGUUUUUUUUUUUUCUAAAUCGAUUUCGAGGGCACAAGUGACAGAGAUAGACAUGAGAGGCAACAUUUGUUCUUCUCACAGUAGUAGUGUCGCUGUCGCAGGCGGACGUCUACAAUCUAGUCCACACACUUGUAGAUGUGGCUUCAUUUAUCUGGAGUUGAGUCCAAUUUCUAACUGACCAGAUUUGAAGUGAUCGCUCCUCUGUCCUCUCUAGACGGUUGGUGUAAAUAUGCAUACAUGUCCAGCUUUCCUUUCUCCCCGAUGUUAAUCGUAAAAUGCCCCACCGGGGUCCGUCGGUCUGCAAGGGAACACGUUCCUGUGAACACAAAACUAUUUGUAAUUAUUAUAAUUAUUAUUAACUGGGUGAUUUGGUCGUUUUGAUUACUACGGGUAGGACCCCGCUAUGCUGGUUAGACUUCUGUCCGUGGCAGAGGAAGGCGAAGCCUUAUGUGUCGUAGGAUGCAACUCCCCACCGAAGUGAAAUGUUUUUUUCCUUUGUGGCCUGCUUUCGUCAGUGUUUGUGGCGCUUUUUUUGUUUGAUAACGACUAAGUUGGAAAUGAGGUAGAUUUUGUCUCUGUCCUCCUUGCAGUGCCCCCUUUGUUGGUCGCAUUACGUUACUGUUUUACAGUUCUGUACGUUAGACGUUUGGAAAUCGAAAAUAAAACAAUCAUUAGAAAUA